UCUCUCUCCUACAAGCCUGCAAUUAACCCAAAAUUUUCUCCCUAUCUCUCCUCUCUUUCUUUCUCUCUCAUGAAAGGAAGGAACCUGCAAUAAAAUGACACUUCUUAGGCACCCGGAUCCUGGCUAUGUCCACAUUUAAUAGGGCCUCAUUUCUAGGAGGCUUUUCUCUCUCCUCAUUUAAGUUUAACCAUGUGCACAUCCAUCUCUUGAAAUAUUUCACAAUGGAAUUUUGCAAUGGACGGUUGUGAUCGGCUCAUCAAAUAGUAGGCCUUCUCUUUGCACACCAGGCUACAAAAUGGAGAAACGAAAACAUUGCCAGUCACGAGCCUCGCUUUGACAAAUAAGAAGUUGAGCUCAGAAGACCAGUACCAAAAUUGAGGCUUUCUCUCUCUAGAAUUGAAGAAAUGGGAUUUUGCUCUUGCUUUUCUUAGAUUUGAAAUUUCGGUUUUUUUUAUUCUCUGAAAUUCGGCUUCUGAUUUGGUGGAAAUACAUUCAAAAUAAUGUCGCGUCAUUAAAGUUAUGUGAUAUGGGGCUAAAUUUAGGGUUUUUUUGUGCAAUUCAUGACGAAGGAGGGUUCUUUUGGUGUGCUUUGUGGUGAAUAAGAGUUUUUUUUGUGGUUUUUGGGUUGAAUUGGUUUUUUUUUUCUUUUUUUUUUUUGAGUAAUUCAGUGGGGAAGAUAGCCCCUACCCGUGUUUUCAAAAGAUUAGGGUGUUACAUAUUUUAAGGUGUUAAUUGGGGGUGUCAGCAGUAGAAAAGGAUACCACGAUGUGGUAACUGGGUGUGGGAAUGCUACCACCACGACCCCAGCCCGUUUCCUAGGUUGAAUUGGGUUUUGCAGUAAGAAUGGUUGAUUAAGGGCUGAACUAGGGGAUUUCCAGAUUUGUAAGGUGAAUUAGGGACUUUUUGGCGUAAUUUAGCGAUGAAUUGGGGCCCCAUUUAUGUGAUUUUGGGCUUGAACUGGUUGUUUUAGAUGUCGUUUUGGGGGGAAUUAGGUUUCUUCUUAUUUUAUUUUCCUGGUUUUAUUUAUGGGAGGAGGGGCAUGAAAUCUUCAACGUAGGGAUGCGAUAUUUGAGAGGAAUUAGGGGUUUUGUGGUGAAUCAUCGUCACAUAUGUUUCGGCGUCUCAGACAUUUCAUUGGGACUCUGAAUGCGAAGGGAGGAGGAGGUGCCAAUGCGAAGAGGUUGCUCGCUGUGAGGCCAAAACAGGUGCAGGUGGAGCCGGCUAUGUUGGAGACUGUACAAGAGAUCGCUGUCUAUAUACAUAGAUUCCAUAAUCUUGAUCUUUUUCAGCAAGGAUGGUAUCAAAUAAAGCUCAGCAUGCGAUGGGAGGAUGGUGGUCGCGAAUUGCCUGGAACACCAGCUCGUGUGGUUCAAUAUGAAGUGCCUGAAUUAGGUUCUGAUGAGAUUUUCAUGGUAUGGAGGAUUGAUGAUGUUGAUCACAGUUUCUUCACCCAGCCUUUUCGGAUCAAGUACGUGAGGCAGGAUGUGCUCCUGUCUGUGAUGAUCUCUUUCAAUUUAGCUGUUGGCAUUGAUGAGAGUUCGUCGUCAUCUUCUGUUAUAUUGAAAUUUGAGCUACUCCAUGCACCGAUAUCAGAAAAUGAAUCUGUGUUGCAAGCAGCUCUAGAUGCAUUUCCUGCUGCAGUACAUGAACUCCGUGUUCCUCCAAAAGCUCUUCUUGGCUUGCAUACAUAUUGCCCUCUUCAUUUUGAUUCCUACCAUGCAGUACUCAUUGAAUUGAGCAUACACGUUGUGCGUCUCAAAGCCGGUACUAACACAAACCAAAAGAAGGUACCCAGUGAUUCUUCCUUGCUAGGAGUCGUUGCUGGUGAACAUGAUCAUGGAAAGGAUGGGAACUAUCAAGUAAUUGAUGGUGUGUCAUAUGUGGGGACAAAAGAACUUGCGGUUAUAAAAGCACUAUUUGCUUCUCGUGCUACACUUUUGGAAGAACUACAAAAAAUUAGCAAAGCAAUUGAUCAAAAAAUCGAUGAUUUGGCUGAUGCCAAUUUGGAUUUUGGUACAAAUAUGUCGAUUAGUCCACGUACACGGUCAUAUUUGAAGACUUCUACUUCCCAGAAGUUGGAGCAAAGUCUGGGUGAGAAGUCAAAUGAACAUGUUGGUUAUGGGAGCAACGGGAUGUUGCUCCCUUCGCUAUCAAAGGAAGAACUGGUAGAUGCAUUUCAGACACUGGGAAACCAACUUUCUGUCAUAUGGAAUGCUUUUUUGAAGUUUCAUAGAAAUAAUAGAAUUCGUAUAGUGGAGUAUCUUCGUGGCGUAUGGGCCAAUGAUCGAAGAACUGAAUGGGCAAUAUGGAUGGUCCAUUCCAGAAUGGAGGUACAUAAGCGGAUGAUGAAUGCAGUCGAUGAUGCUUCUCCUUAUGCAGUUCGUGGGAAAAUCUUGGCUGCUAGGAAACCUAGUGAAGACCCAUCACAUGUUUCAAUUUCACGUGCUGAGCUUCAUCGGAAGAGUAUUGCUCAAAUGAAGAUUAACAGCCAGGCAAUUCAAGACUUGCAUAUAUUUGGUGACCCUGCCCGCAUUCCCAUUAUUUUCAUUGAGCAGACUACAAUUAAGAGUUUGGAGCAGAAUACCGUUAAUGGCAGCUCAUCCUUUGGCAAUUUGGAUAAAAACGAAACGUCCAUUAUACCAAUCCUGGGGCAUCCACUUGUGCCCAAGUCAUUUAGUACCUGUGGCAGAAGAAAUGGACGGGUGUUGAAAGCUGUUGUCUUUGUGCAUGGGUUUCAAGGACAUCAUCUGGAUUUACGGCUUGUUCGGAAUCAAUGGCUUUUGAUAGAUCCAGGAGCAGAGUGUCUUAUGUCUGAGGUGAAUGAGGAGAAAACAUCUGGAGACUUCCAAGAAAUGGGUGGGAGGCUGGCUGAGGAAGUGGCUUCAUUUCUCAGGAAGAAAAUAGAUUUAGGUUCACGAUCUGGACCCUAUAGAGUUGUGAAGCUCAGUUUUGUAGGACACUCUAUAGGGAACAUCAUUGUCAGAACUGCCUUAACAGAUGCUGCAAUGCAACCUUAUUUGAAAUACCUCCAUACAUAUAUGUCUAUAUCUGGACCGCACUUGGGGUAUUUGUACAGUUCAAACUCCUUAUUUAACUCUGGCUUGUGGCUCCUGAAGAAGCUCAAAGGAGCUCAUUGUAUGCACCAAUUGACUUUCACUGAUGAUGCUGACAUACAAAAGACGUUCUUUUAUAAGCUCAACAAGCAAAAGACGCUAGAGAACUUUAAGAACGUGAUUCUGCUGUCCUCUCCACAGGAUGGCUAUGUACCAUAUCAUUCCGCAAGGAUCGAAGCCUGUUAUGCGGCGACACUAGACUCAAAGAGAGGACCUAUUUUCAUGGAGAUGCUCAACAGUUGCUUGGACCAGAUACAUGCACCUUCCACUGAGCGACGGACCUUCGUGAGGUGUGAUGUCAACUUUGACACCUCCUCUCAGGGUAGGAAUUUGAAUACCAUGAUAGGCCGGGCUGCCCAUAUCGAGUUCCUUGAGACUGAUAUCUUUGCGAAGUUUAUAAUGUGGUCCUUUUCGGAAUUCUUCACCUGAUUCCUUGUCACAGUAGUAAGCCUAUUUUGCUUCUUUUUGAAGAAAUCUUUUCUUCUUGUAUGCCAUGGAGCCUGCCAUGCUUGGAUGCUGACCCUUGAAAACU